GUGUCGGCGUGGCCCCCGAACCCUGACCGACCACUCGCCGCAGGACCAUGGCCAACACCGAGCGCACCUUCAUCGCCAUCAAGCCGGACGGCGUGCAGCGCGGCCUGGUGGGCGACAUCAUCAAGCGCUUCGAGCAGAAGGGGUUCCGCCUCGUGGCCAUGAAGUUCCUGCGGGCCUCUGAGGACCUCCUGAAGCAGCACUACAUUGACCUGAAAGACCGGCCCUUCUACCCGGGGCUGGUGAAGUACAUGAACUCGGGGCCUGUGGUGGCCAUGGUCUGGGAGGGGCUGAAUGUGGUGAAGACAGGGAGAAUGAUGCUUGGGGAGACCAAUCCAGCAGAUUCUAAGCCAGGCACCAUUCGUGGAGACUUUUGCAUUCAAGUUGGCAGGAACAUCAUUCAUGGCAGUGAUUCAGUAAAAAGUGCUGAGAGAGAAAUCAGCCUGUGGUUUAAGCCUGAAGAACUGGUCGACUACAAGUCUUGUGCUUUUGACUGGAUCUAUGAAUAAGAGGUGGACAAAGCAUCAGUCUCCUUGGCUCCACUUGAUGUGUCCCGGGACACAGCUCUUCAUUCCAUUGACCUGGAAGCAAAAGGAUCCAUCUUUUCUAAAGCAUAUUUACCAAUAAAGCCUUUGGAAACGGG